UUACUCAUUAAUAUAUCAUUGAAAAAAUAUUAGUGUUACAUAGAAACUAGUUUUGUGUUAUCCGGAAAUAUUUUAUUCAUAAUAUAUUCUAUAUUUAAAUUAAAUAUGCGAGGCGUGUAAAGUAUAAGGAUUAUAGGAUUGCAAGUUUUUAUUUUUUUUAAUAUUGCCAUGGGUCUCACGAAACAAUAUUUGCGAUACGCACCUAGCGGUACAUUUAACGUUAUCACAAGUGCUGAAUGCAACAGUACUCACAUAUCUUUGAAAGGUAUUAGUGGAAGAUAUAUUGCUGUUGGAGCUUGUGAGCAUGUCAUCAUUUGGGACAUGAGACUCGGAGAGAAGGCUCAAGUGCUUCCUGGUGAAAAUAUAGUAGUAUCACAAAUCUGUGCUAGUCCUACUGGUAAUCAUAUGGCUGUGGGAUAUGUUGAUGGCAAUAUCAAUGUAUUUGACCUCAUCAACAAUGAAGUUCUGUGUGUAUUCUCCGGACAUAGCUCAACUGUUACAUGUUUGCAGUAUGAUGAACAGGGACACAGAUUGGUGUCUGGUUCUAAGGACACAGAGGUGAUUCUUUGGGACAUAGUAUCAGAGACAGGUAUAGCCAGGGUCAGUGGUCAUAAGGGUGCAGUAACUAGUGUUCUAUUCAUCAAUGGAAAGAACUGCAUAGUGAGCUCUUCAAAAGACACUUUUGUUAAAUUCUGGGAUAUUGAAACUAAGCAUUGCUUCAAGACAUUGGGAGGACAUCAAAUGGAGGUGUGGUCAGCAGUACUAAUCAAAGAAGAGAGAUAUUUAGUAACAGGCAGUAUGGAUCAAGAGCUGCGUGUUUGGAAGCUGAACUGGAUGAAUGAUGUGAAAGAUGAAGAUAAAUUAUCUCGACAACUGGAGAUUGUGAAAAUUGAAGAGACUGACAAUACUGAAGAUAGUUCAGUACUUCAGUGUCAUCAAGUAGGUACUUUAGUGCGUGGUGGCAAAGGUCGCGUAGUUGGACUCAGUACAGACCUUGGACAGACUGUACUAUCUUGUUAUGGGACUGACUCGCUAUUGGAGCUUUUUAUUUUCUGCUCUGAUGAAGAAGCAAAAAAGAGAAUGGAUAAACGUAUAAAAAAACAAAGGAAGAAGUUGGCAAAAUUAAAAGAAAGUGGUGAAACAGAUGCAAAUGUGGAAGAAAUACCAGAAUUACUCACUUUGACAGAUGAAGUACGUAGGUUACCGUCGGUAAAGUUAGGUGCUAAGUUGAAGUCAACUACUUUGCUUUUGGGUACCACCGGUGAGCUUCGUGUAGGAGUUACAUUAGCUAAUAAUACAGUUGAAUUACAUAGUUUGAAGAUGGAAGAAGGAAAUGAAGUAAAAUGCCUGAAGCAGAUUACACAACCUGGCCAUCAAAAGGAACCCCAUUGCGUGGUUAUUAGUUCUGAUAACUUAGCUAUACUAUCGGCCGCUGCAGAUUCUGUUAAACUUUGGAACAGAGCGAACCAGACGUGCGUACGUACGAUCCCGGUGGGGUGCGGGCGCGUGUGGUGCGCGUGCUUCGCCCCCGGCGACCGGCACGCGCUGGUGGGCGCCGGCGACGGCUCGCUGCUCGUGCUGGACGUGGCCGCCGCUCGCCUGCUCGAGGCCAUACCCGCGCACACCACCGACUGCGCCGUCGUCGGACUCACGCCCGACAAGCUUGGCUGUUUCACCGGCGGUGGAGAUAAAACGGUUAAAUUGUGGCGAUUCGAACUUAUACCCGACCCAACGGGUGAAUCUAAAGCUAAGGUACUAUCAGUUUUACAUACGCGGACGUUAGAAUUGGAGGAAGCUGUCCUAUCAGUACAAAUAAGCCCCAACAAUAAAUUCAUUGCUGUGGGACUCCUAGAUUCUACUGUUAAGAUAUUCUUCCUUGAUACUUUUAAGUUUUACCUAUCUCUGUAUGGACACAAACUGCCUGUUCUAUGUCUGGACAUUAGUUAUGAUUCAAACAUAAUUGCAACAGGCUCUGCGGACCGAAAUGUCAAAAUAUGGGGAAUGGAUUUUGGAGAUUGCCACAAGUCAAUUUUUGCUCAUAACGAUUCGGUGACAGCUUUGCAGUUUAUACCGAGCACGCAUUACUUCUUUACAAGUUCAAAAGAUGGGAAGGUGAAGCAAUGGGAUGCGGACAGUUACGAUAAUAUUAUUACCUUAAAUGGGCACGCGGGCGCGUGCUGGGGGCUGUCGGUGGGCGCGGGCGGGCUGGUGGCGGCCUCGUGCGGGUCGGACCGCGCGCUGCGCCUCUACUCCCGCACCGACCAGCCGCUCGUGCUCGGCGACACCCAAGAGGAGGACCUCGGGCUCGCCACCGGCCCCGACCGGGCUCCAGUUCCCGGUCUGCCUGGUUUAACGAUGCCCACUAAGAAAACGAUUGGGGCGGAAAAAGCUGCUGACUCAGUGAUGGAGUGUUUGUCGGUUGGCGCGGAGUAUAAACGUGAAUUAAUCGAAGCGCGCGGACGUCAUGUGGCACCGCCACUAUUGAUGGCCGCAUACGGCAGCUCCACACCCGAGGAUUUCUUCGUCGAAACCAUUAAGAGAAUACGAUCUACAGAUUUGGAGGAAGCACUGCUCCUGGUACCGUUCAACUCAGCGUGUGAGAUAGUGCGCUUGCUACCGAAAUUGUUAGACCGCGGUGAUCACACCGAAUUAUUCUGUAGACUUGCCAUCUUCCUCCUGAGGGUGCACCACGCACCUAUUGUCGCUAACAAAUCUCUCUUCAAGCACAUGAUACAGAUACAAGCGAAGGCCAAUAUGAGACUCAAUGAGUUAAGGGACGUGGUGGGGUACAACGUGCACGCUCUACAGUGGGCGCGGCGCGAGGCGGAGGCCCGCGGACGCGAGUUGUCGUUCCAGGCCGCCACCACUGUCGCACAGCGCGCCGUCCGCCGUCGCCGCGCAGUCAAGCGACCUAUAGUCACUGUUACAUAGCUGUCUAAUA